UGGGGGAAUAGCUUGCGAGAAAUCCACAAGUCACUCGGUCUGAUACACACGUAUUUCCACAGCUGGUUGUAUCUACUCUUCUCUAGGAUUACUUGACAUGCCAGCUGCGAACAUGACUGAAACAUGCCAAGUUCAGUCUUGCAGUGUUUGAAACGAGUCGUUUCGGAACAGUCGCGUGUUAUUUUCGGUAAAUCAUGAGUCGGGUAAGAUUUCUGUGACUGAUCAGUGGUGAGCUGUAGGCCCUUCCGUAAUGCCUCGGACUGUCGUGAGAUCCUGAGCCGAUCAGAGCUGCGCAUCACACCGCUGAAUCAUCAAGGCUGGUCGUUCUCCAGCGAGAGAGAAAGAGACACAUUGAGUUUAUGAAGGAAACAUGCACCCGCCAUCGAAGAGGGAUUUUGUGUCUCUGACUCUGGGCGACAGUGUCGGUUACACGAACGCCAAGCAGUGGCGCCGGCAGUCCUGCUGGAGGAGAUGGAAGCAGCUGUCCAGAUUGCAGCGUAGCCUGAUCCUGUUUACAUUGAUGCUGCUGCUUGUUUGUGGAAUAGCAACAUCUCCCACUCUCAUAGAACACUGGAGAGAUGGGGGAAAUGGCGAGGAUGGAAAACAGACAUUUGUUUUGGACUUGAAAAAUGAGUACAAGGCCAUUCUUCCGGAGAUGCCCUCUGAGAAAAAGGGCUAUCGUAGACGUGGACCACCUGUCUUGCAAAACCGUUUACAAAGCAAAACGAAUGUGUCUGGUCUUUUGGAGAAAGAAAAUCAUGGACCAAAUCUGAAGAAUGUGGAUAAAGGAUCUGAGGAAGAAAAGCCAAUUGUUAGGCAUGGAGAGGUAAUAGACCAAGAACAAGCGUUUGAAAACCACGCAGACCCAUCUUUAUUAGCACUUGCUGAGAGCAGGCUUGAGGCUGUAAGGGAAGCAUUUAGACAUGCCUGGAAGGGUUACAAAGAUUUCGCCUGGGGUCACGAUGAGCUCAAACCCGUCUCUAAAUCAUAUGGAGAGUGGUUUGGACUUGGGCUAACUCUGAUUGAUGCUCUGGACACUAUGUGGAUCUUGGGUCUAAAAGAAGAGUUUGCAGAGGCCAGGGAAUGGGUGGCCAAAGAACUGUCCUUCGAUAAGGACGUAGAAGUAAAUCUGUUUGAGAGCACCAUUCGUAUCCUGGGUGGCCUGCUGAGCACUUACCAUCUGACUGGAGACUCAAUGUUCCUGGAUAAAGCUAAAGAUAUUGGCUCUAGACUGAUGCCCGCCUUCAACACGCCAUCUAAAAUCCCUUACUCUGAUGUGAAUAUCGGAAAGGGGACGGCACACCCGCCUCGGUGGACCUCAGACAGCACCGUGGCUGAGGUCACAAGUAUUCAGCUAGAGUUCAGAGAGCUCAGCCGACUCACAGGAGACCCCAAAUUCAAGCUGGCAGUGAUGGAGGUGAUGAGACGGGUCCAUAAACUGGAUGGGAAGCAGGAUGGCUUAGUACCCAUGUUCAUCAAUACCAACAACGGGCAGUUUACCCACCAGGGCAUAUACACGCUGGGAGCCAGGGCAGACAGCUACUACGAGUACCUGCUGAAGCAGUGGAUUCAGGGAGGCAAGAAUGAGAAAGAAUUGCUGGAGGACUAUCUGCAGGCUGUGGAGGGGAUAAAGAAGAACCUGCUGAGAAAGACUACUCCUCUAGGCCUCACGUUUGCUGGAGAGUUGACCCAUGGACAGUUGAGUCCCAAAAUGGACCACUUGGUAUGUUUCCUGCCUGGCACACUAGCACUGGGAGCACAUCACGGUCUUCCUGCCGACCACAUGGAGCUGGCAAAACAACUGAUCGAAACUUGUUACCAGAUGUACGUUCAGAUGGAGACAGGUCUGAGCCCAGAGAUAGUUCACUUCAACAUGCAUGACGGCAGCACAAAAGAUGUAGAUGUAAAGAUUGCUGACAGGCACAACCUUCUACGUCCAGAGACUGUGGAGAGCCUCUUCUACUUGUACAGAUUCACCAAGGAUAAGAAGUAUCAGCAGUGGGGCUGGGAGAUCUUACAGAACUUCAAUAAAUACACCAGGGUUUCCACCGGAGGUUAUACGUCCAUAAACAACGUUCGCGACCCAGCCUAUCCGAACCCUCGAGACAAAAUGGAGAGCUUCUUCCUGGGUGAGACGCUUAAAUACUUUUACCUGCUGUUUUCAGAAGACCCCAACCUCAUCAGCCUAGACAAGUAUGUCUUCAACACCGAGGCUCAUCCUCUACCCGUAUGGCCAGACGAAGAGUAAUGGACCCACAGGCAUACAUGCAUAACCAAACACAUCUCUCUCAGGGCCAUGAGCACACACAGAUCCUACUCUGUCCUUUUGAUAUCUCCUUUUCUACACCGGGAAUUCUCUUUAUAGUUGAAACGCUUAUGAGAGCCAUGACAAAAUCAAUGUAAUAGUACAAACGAUCAGUCUGUAUGUUUCUGUUAAUGGAAUUUCUGACUGUAACUGUAUUUAUUCUAUAAAGGAUAAUAACAAAGGUUUUCAAGCAUUGUCUGUGCUGCUUGAUUUUAAAGCACACAUCUGUUGUUAUUGUGGAUAGUAGGCAGAUGUGAUCUCUGUAUGAGAGGUACAAAUGAUGUCUCAUUUAGCCCACUGAAUCAGUGUGUGCAUUUUGCAGUCUUCUCAGCCCACACACAGACAAACAAACAUCAUUCAUACUGUGAAACAUUACAGGGACUGCAAGCACUUUAUGAUGUUUAUAGGGGUUUUCGUGUUUGUAUUUUUAUUAAAGACCUGCUGCUGUUUAUGUUGUUGGGGGGGUUAGGGGGUCUUUUAUCAUUAUUUGAUUAUUCACUAUUUUCCUUUGUAAAUUUUUUUUAAAUAAAUUGUGAUUUACGGUAACAAAUACAAUAAUGAUGAGACUGCAUUCAGUCUAGUGUAAAUCAUUUAACUUAUGAUUAAGCAAAUCCUUUACGACAAGAAAAGGAAAAUGCACUGUACAUUCCAAGGUUCUCUGUGCAUUUUACUAUUUUAAAAUUUCUUUUGAUCUUAAAACUAAACCUGCUGUGAAGGAUUUGACUGCCAUUUUUGUGUACAUUUUGUGUACAGUGUUUGUUAAAAGGUUUAUUAUUAUGAUUACAUAUGAAAUAUAUAGUUUUGAUGUUAAGGUUUUCUAGCAGGUGCUUGUAUGAACCUGUAUUCUUAUUCCACAUUUAUAUUUAGUUUGGUCUUAUGUUAUUAGAUAAUCUUUGUGUAGAAAUGUAAGUACUGUAAUGGAGUGUUAGUCAAGCACAAUAUUUAAAAAUCAAGAGUCUAUAUUAUGUACACUGUCAAGAAUAAAGUUACAAAGCUGUCACUGGGGCAGUACCCUUUAAAAAAGGUCCUAAUAUGUAUAAUUUAGGUACAAACAUGUAUCUUUGAACUGCCAAUAUGUACCUUUGAAGUACUAAUAUGCUCUCUUUGGGUACAAAGGUGUAACAUUUUGAAAGGGUACUGUCCCAGUGACAACUUUUGUACCUUUAUUUCUGAGAGUGUACUUCUAUCGCUUUAUCAGGGGACCUACGUCAGAUGUGAUUGUCAGUAGUAUUUUUGUAUGACCUUAUGACAUGAUGUGUAAAAUUGUUGGCUAAACAUAUGGUAGGGUAGGUAAUACUUGGUAAGAGAUUUUAUGAUUACUUUUUUCUUGAAACUUAAAAGUUCUUCACUUAAUUUUUUUGUCGCAGGAAGUUCGUUCUUCUCUGCUGAUUUUGGGGAAUGAGGGGAAAUAAAUGCUCUUUUGUGCACAAAAUGUCUUAAGGUAACUGAUAAUAGGUGGGGCAAAUUGUUUUAAUCAUCUAUUGUACUAUUAUGAAUAUACCCACUGUGUGUAACGAUCACAUGUAUUAUGUAAAAAUUUUUUUGAAAAUUUAAAUCUCACCGUGCCGAAUCUUUUGCUUAUUUUUAUCUAGCCCGAGUUUUGUGUAGGUGGUGUGUACAGUAGCCAUUACAGAUUAUGAUGAUGAUGAUUAAGGGCUGAGCAUAAGCUGGUUAGUCAGUGUCGUGUUGUGUGUGAUGUUAUGUUUCACGUGUGCCUUUGAAUCCAUGCUGAGCAAUGAUGAGAAAUGUCUAUUUUAAAUCCUGAGAUUUGUUUUUAUCUAAAGCUAUUUUUAUCAUCUCAUGCCUGAUGUAUAGCUAUUUACAAUUGAUCUUUUUGUGAAUAAACACUUGUGAUUAUAUUACAGUC